GACGGGAGAGUCCCGGGCCCGGCCCUCUGGAGCACCGUGGGCGGCCUGCGCGCCUCAGCGGCUGGAAACCCCAGAGCAGUAGUAUAGACGUAUUUAUUGUGAUUAAUUUGUUUGAGGUGGGGGGGGCGGGUAGCCAAAAGGGAAAAUGGCGAACGACUCCCCUGCAAAAAGUCUGGUGGACAUCGACCUCUCCUCCCUGCGGGACCCUGCUGGGAUUUUCGAGCUGGUGGAAGUGGUUGGAAAUGGCACCUAUGGACAAGUCUAUAAGGGUCGACAUGUUAAAACAGGUCAGCUGGCAGCCAUCAAAGUUAUGGAUGUCACUGAGGAUGAAGAGGAAGAAAUCAAACUGGAGAUAAAUAUGCUGAAGAAAUAUUCUCAUCAUAGAAAUAUUGCAACAUAUUAUGGUGCUUUCAUUAAAAAGAGCCCUCCAGGACAUGAUGACCAACUCUGGCUUGUUAUGGAGUUCUGUGGAGCUGGGUCCAUCACAGAUCUUGUGAAGAAUACCAAAGGGAAUACACUCAAAGAAGACUGGAUUGCUUACAUCUCCAGAGAAAUCCUGAGGGGGCUGGCACAUCUUCACAUUCAUCAUGUUAUUCACCGGGAUAUCAAGGGCCAGAAUGUCCUGCUAACUGAGAACGCAGAGGUGAAACUUGUGGAUUUUGGUGUAAGUGCUCAACUAGACAGGACAGUUGGACGGAGAAAUACAUUCAUAGGCACUCCCUAUUGGAUGGCUCCUGAGGUCAUUGCCUGUGAUGAGAACCCAGAUGCCACCUAUGACUACAGAAGUGACCUUUGGUCUUGUGGCAUUACAGCCAUCGAGAUGGCAGAAGGUGCUCCACCUCUCUGUGACAUGCAUCCAAUGAGAGCACUGUUUCUCAUUCCCAGAAACCCUCCCCCUCGGCUGAAGUCAAAAAAAUGGUCAAAGAAAUUUUUUAGUUUUAUAGAAGGAUGCCUGGUGAAGAACUACAUGCAGCGACCCUCUACAGAACAGCUUUUGAAACACCCUUUUAUAAGGGAUCAGCCUAAUGAAAGGCAAGUUAGAAUCCAGCUUAAGGAUCAUAUAGACCGGACCAGAAAGAAGAGAGGAGAGAAAGAUGAAACUGAGUAUGAGUAUAGUGGGAGUGAAGAAGAGGAGGAGGAAGUGCCUGAACAAGAAGGAGAGCCAAGUUCCAUCGUUAAUGUGCCUGGUGAGUCUACUCUGCGUCGGGAUUUCCUGAGGCUGCAGCAGGAGAACAAGGAACGUUCUGAGGCUCUGCGGAGACAGCAGCUACUACAGGAACAACAGCUCCGGGAGCAGGAAGAGUAUAAGAGACAGCUGCUGGCAGAGAGGCAGAAAAGGAUUGAGCAGCAGAAAGAGCAGAGGAGGCGACUAGAAGAGCAACAAAGAAGAGAGCGGGAAGCUAGAAGGCAGCAAGAACGUGAACAGCGAAGGAGAGAACAAGAAGAAAAGAGGCGUAUAGAGGAAUUAGAGAGAAGGCGCAAAGAAGAGGAGGAGAGGAGACGGGCAGAAGAAGAAAAGAGGAGAGUGGAAAGGGAGCAGGAGUAUAUCAGGCGGCAGCUAGAAGAGGAGCAGCGGCACUUGGAAAUUCUUCAGCAGCAGCUGCUCCAGGAGCAGGCCAUGUUACUGGAGUGCCGAUGGCGGGAGAUGGAGGAGCACCGGCAGGCAGAGAGGCUCCAGAGGCAGUUGCAACAAGAACAAGCAUAUCUCCUAUCUCUACAGCAUGACCACAGGAGGCCGCACCCGCAGCACCCGCAGCAGCAGCAGCCACCAUCGCAGCAGGAAAGGGGCAAGCCAAGCUAUCACGCUCCUGAACCCAAACCCCACUAUGAGCCUGCUGACAGAGCUCGAGAGGUGGAAGAUAGAUUUAGGAAAACUAACCACAGCUCCCCUGAAGCCCAGUCUAAGCAGACAGGCAGAGUAUUGGAGCCAGCAGUGCCUUCCCGAUCAGAGUCUUUUUCCAAUGGCAACUCCGAGUCUGUGCAUCCUGCCCUGCAGAGACCAGCGGAGCCACAGGUUCCUGUGAGAACAACAUCUCGUUCCCCUGUUUUGUCCCGUCGGGAUUCUCCACUGCAGGGCAGUGGACAGCAAAAUAGCCAAGCAGGACAGAGAAAUUCCACCAGCAGUAUUGAGCCCAGGCUCCUAUGGGAGCGAGUGGAGAAGCUGGUGCCCAGGCCAGGCAGUGGCAGCUCCUCCGGAUCCAGCAACUCAGGAUCUCAGCCAGGGUCCCAUCCUGGCUCUCAGAGUGGCUCUGGUGAACGCUUCAGAGUGAGAUCAUCAUCCAAGUCAGAAGGCUCUCCAUCUCAGCGCCUUGAAAAUGCAGCAAAAAAACCUGAUGAUAAAAAAGAAGUGUUUAGACCUCUCAAGCCUGCUGGCGAAGUGGAUUUGACUGCACUGGCCAAAGAGCUUCGAGCAGUAGAAGAUGUGCGGCCACCUCACAAAGUGACAGACUACUCAUCCUCCAGUGAAGAGUCAGGAACCACAGAUGAGGAGGAUGAUGACGUGGAACAGGAAGGGGCUGAUGAGUCCACCUCAGGAACAGAGGACACCAGAGCAGCGUCAUCUCUGAAUUUGAGCAAUGGUGAAACAGAAUCUGUGAAAACCAUGAUAGUUCAUGAUGAUGUUGAAAGUGAACCAGCUGUGACCCCUUCCAAGGAGGGCACUCUAAUCGUCCGCCAGAGUACAGUUGACCAAAAGCGUGCCAGCCAUCAUGAGAGCAAUGGCUUUGCCGGUCGCAUUCACCUCUUGCCAGAUCUCUUACAGCAAAGCCAUUCCUCCUCCACUUCCUCCACCUCCUCCUCCCCAUCCUCCAGCCAGCCGACACCCACCAUGUCCCCACAGACACCCCAGGACAAGCUCACUGCUAAUGAGACUCAGUCCGCUAGUAGCACACUCCAGAAACACAAAUCUUCCUCCUCCUUUACACCUUUUAUAGACCCCAGAUUACUACAAAUUUCUCCAUCUAGUGGAACAACAGUAACUUCUGUGGUAGGAUUUUCCUGUGAUGGAAUGAGACCUGAAGCCAUAAGGCAAGAUCCUACCAGGAAGGGCUCAGUGGUCAAUGUGAACCCUACCAACACUAGGCCACAGAGUGACACCCCCGAAAUUCGUAAAUAUAAGAAGAGGUUUAACUCGGAGAUUCUGUGUGCUGCCUUAUGGGGAGUGAAUUUGCUAGUGGGCACAGAGAGCGGGCUGAUGCUAUUGGACAGAAGUGGACAAGGGAAGGUUUAUCCUCUCAUCAACAGAAGGAGAUUUCAGCAAAUGGAUGUGCUUGAGGGCUUAAACGUCUUGGUGACUAUUUCUGGCAAAAAGGAUAAAUUACGUGUUUACUAUUUGUCCUGGUUACGAAAUAAAAUACUUCACAAUGAUCCAGAAGUUGAGAAGAAGCAAGGAUGGACAACCGUAGGAGAUUUGGAAGGAUGUGUACACUAUAAAGUUGUAAAAUAUGAAAGAAUCAAAUUUCUUGUAAUUGCUUUGAAGAGUUCUGUGGAAGUCUAUGCGUGGGCACCUAAGCCAUAUCACAAAUUUAUGGCCUUUAAGUCAUUUGGAGAAUUGGUACAUAAGCCAUUAUUGGUGGAUCUCACUGUUGAGGAAGGCCAGAGGUUGAAAGUGAUCUAUGGAUCCUGUGCUGGAUUCCAUGCUGUUGAUGUGGAUUCAGGAUCAGUCUAUGACAUAUAUCUACCAACACACAUCCAAUGUAGCAUUAAACCCCAUGCAAUCAUUAUCCUCCCCAACACGGAUGGGAUGGAGCUUCUAGUAUGCUAUGAAGAUGAGGGGGUUUAUGUGAACACAUAUGGAAGGAUCACGAAGGACGUGGUUUUACAGUGGGGAGAGAUGCCAACAUCUGUAGCAUAUAUUCGAUCCAAUCAGACAAUGGGCUGGGGAGAAAAGGCCAUAGAGAUCCGAUCUGUGGAAACUGGUCACUUGGAUGGUGUGUUUAUGCACAAAAGGGCUCAAAGACUAAAAUUCUUAUGUGAACGCAAUGACAAGGUGUUUUUUGCCUCUGUUCGGUCUGGUGGCAGCAGUCAGGUUUAUUUCAUGACCUUAGGCAGGACUUCUCUUCUGAGCUGGUAGAAGCAGUGUGGUCCAGGGAUUGUUGAUCUCCAGAGUCUUCAAGAUCCUGAGAACUUGGAAUUCCUUGCAACUGGAGCUCAGAGCUGCACCGGUGCAGCCAAGACAGCUGUGUGUGCAAGCCUCGUGUAUUGGCUCCUCUCUCUCCCUUCCUUCCCACUUUUUUUUUUUUUUGCCAAUUUCUCUUUUUUCCUUACUCAAAAAUAAAUCAAGGCUGCAUUGCAGCUGGUGCUGUUCAGAUUCUACCAUCGGUGCUAGAAGUGUUUGGGGUUGAGCAUCAGGCCAGAAAGAACACCUUACCUGCAGCUCCAGAAUUCCUUGUCUCUGAGUGACUCUGUCCUGUUGGGUGUCUGAAGGUGGCGACAAUGAACAUGCCAUCGGUUUUGUUGGCGAUGGGCACAAGGAGGUGAAGCGUGGUGGCGAGAGGAGCAGUUGGCUAAAGGAGAGAGCAGAUUAAUAUAGUAACAUUAACAAUGUAUUUAAUUGACAUUUCUUUUUUGUAAUGUGACAAUAUGUGGAGAAAGAAGAAGGUGCAGGUUUAAGAAGUUAAUAUUUAUAAAAUGUGAAAGACACACUUAACUAGGAUAACUUUUUUUGUGGGCGGGAUUGGGGUGGGGUGGGUUAAAGGGUCCCAUUUUGUUGCUUUGGAUUUUUGGGGGGACCGAUGAUGUCCUGGCCAACAACUCAGUCAUUUUUCUGUGUACCAAGUUUUACCUAAAUCAUGUGCAGAUGGUUCUAAGAAAAGAAAAAGAAAAUGUGUGCAUUUUGUAUAAUGACCAGAACUUUGUUGUGUGACAGUAUUAGCACUGCCUCAGUUAAAGGUUUAAUUUUUGUUUAAACCUAGAAGUGCAACAACAGUUUUACCACAGUCUGCGCUUGCAGAAGAAAGAAAAAUUCAACCUACAUGUUUAUUAUUAUUUUUUGCCUACCUCAUUGUUUUUAAUGCAUUGAGAGGUGAUUUUAGUUUAUGUUUUGGGAAGAACACCUUACUGUUUAAUUUAAUACCAAAACUAUCCAAUUGGAGUUUGACUGUUAUUUUUGUCACAAGUUUAAGCAGGCACAACAAAAACUGUCCAUGAAGGUGGAAAGGGCCUUGUGGCUGUUGCAAUUUGCUUUCUAAGUGUAGAAGGCAGAACGCUUCAUUUUCACCAGACUCACCAUUAGUGGUUGAUGGUCAGCUGUUGCCACCAACACAUGUGAUCUCAUUGCUCUCAUUGGGGUUGGAAGCAGACGGUGGUCAGGUUAGAGUAGUCACACAAAACUGUCAGUGUUGCAGGAACCUUUUCUUGGGGGUGAGGGUAUGUCCCUUUUCUAAAAUGCAAUGCACUAAAACUAUUUUAAGAAUGUAGUUAAUUCUACUUAUUCGUAAAGAUGACAUCUUCCUGUGUUCUAGGUGUAAUUUCAGAGCCCUGGCUUUUCUUGUUUUAUCACUUGCUCUCGUUCUCUGUUUUUUAAACUAAUUUUACUUUAUGAAUAUGUUCGUGACAUUUGUAAUAAAUGUCUUGAGUAAUAAUUUU